CCGGGGCGGCCUGGCCUGGCUGGGGACCGCGGCGGGCGCCCGGACCUGGAGGGGACUCUCGGGCCAGCCCGGGACAGCAUGUGACUCCGACCAGGAUCCAGCCCUGAUGGAGGCUGAGGAGCCUGAACAUGGAGUCUCCAUACCCAUCUCUGACAUAGAAGAAUUUAGAGCUAUCUCUGAAGGUAUCAUGAGGAGCAGUCAGAUCCCUGCCUUGGAUCCGGAAGCUCAAGAAGGCCAAGAGCCAUCCUAUAAGUGGACAGAUGGACACAGACCCUUGAUGGACCAGUCAAAAGUGUUCAGGGACAUGAGUGACCAUACACCUAAUAGUAUGGCAAUUUUCUUUAAGAAAGAAUCUUCAGAUGUGGAGACAAGCCAGGAAAUUCUUUUGGCUGAGGCCUGUGACCCUCCAGACAAGCAGGAAGCUGUAACCCAGAGCCUUAAAGACAGACUGUCAAGAGCAAUAGCUGCUCCUGAGUUCCUGGCCUGUGCUGUCCAGAAAGAAUGGCUAGACAUACCCAGCAAACUAGACAGCAGACUGGAGGCAGAAUUGCAGCCUGAACUUAUGUCUUUGACGUUGGCAGCAAGCAAAGAGAAAGAAGAGGAAGAAACCUCCCCAGACACCUCAACCCCUAGAGGAUUUUGGCCUCCCUGUAAAAAUCACCCCGAUGAGGCUGACCAGACUGAGGACAGUGGAUGUGAACUGCUUAGUCAGGGGAAACAGCUGCAGUUGGAGGAGACGCAAGAAAAUCAAGGGCAAGAAGGCUUCCUCCAACCUCAGGAAAUCCAGGAGGAGCAGCAGGGACAGGAAGUAGAAAUUCAGGAGGAAGGAACUCUGAGUGAAGACAUUUGUUUUGGUGGGCUCCCGGGAGAGCAGGAAGAGGUGGAAGAGGAGUUUAAUGGCAAUGAGGAAGAACAGAAGCAGGAACAGAUCCAAAACUAUAUGCUACUUGGGGGACAACAGGAAAGUGGGGGGCUUGGUGGAGAAUUAGAAGGUCUGAAUUACCGUGAGAGGGGCCAAGAGGACAGGGAAAGGAGUGUUUGGGGUCAGAGAGAUUCAGAAGAGGAGGGACAGGACCACGAAUUAAGGGAGGAAGAGAGGAGGAUAGCCACUCAGUAUGCAGAGAACCAAAGGUUAGUAGAGAAAUCAGAGGAUGUAAGGAGAAAGCAGGAAGAUCAUGAUCAAACAGUAAGAGUGAUGCCUGUAGGGGACCAGAAGGAGGUUGUAGACUCAGGUGACAGGGUGCGAGGAAAUUUGGAAAGUGUUCAGGCAGCAGUGGAAGGGACCAGACCAGGAGAGGACAGCAAGCCUUGUCUUCCGAUGGCUUCGGUAGCUCCUGAGGUUUUCUCCCCAGGUACAUUGUUCCCAGGUAUUACUUCCUCUGUGGCUGAUAUUCCACAGAUUCAGGGGGAGCCUGUGCCUGAGGAACUGGCCCUCCAAGCUCCUGCACUGGAGCCAACAGAAAUGUCUCACCAACCCAUUUCUCCAGCUGCCUCUUUUGCUCCUCAAGAAUCCCUUGAUAAUAGGACUCACAACAGCCAGCAAGAAGAAUUCAGGCUAAGGAAGGGGCCUGAGGUUGUCUCUGCUAGUACAUCUGUGGCUCCUUCAGGGACACCAGAUUUAACUCCUUUCACAUCUCCCAGUGUUUUCCCCAGCACUGCCACCUUCUCAGCUGUUAGCUCUUCAGUUAUCCUUCCUGAGAAGGAGGCCCUAGCAGCCUCUGUCUCAGCUGACACUCCACCUCGUGGAUCAUGUGAGACUCCUCCACUACCUGCAAAAUCUUCCAGAGACCCACAUGCCACCUCUGACACAGCCAACCCUCACAGCCCUCUUAGUAGCUACACUGGAGUCACCCAACAUCUAAGAAGCAACUCGUUCCCAGGCUCUCAUAGGACAGAGCAGACUCCAGACUCUAUGGGAAUGUCACUCUCAUUCUCUCAUUUGGAAUUACCUCAGAGGCUCCCCAACCCAGCCAUCUAUGGCUCUCUGAUCCCAAGAAGAAACAGAAGAAGUAGGGAUGGGAUCGUCUUUUCAGAAUCCUCUACUGAUUUUUUUGCUCUGAAACAGGACUCUGAAGAAUUCACUUCAAAUCCAGAGAGACCCAGCAAUCCACAUGGUAGUCAGCCAUGGGCCUCCCCACAGAACUCAGCCUUUGCCAUAGGCUCUCCUGCAAAUGUUUCUUCUCCACCCACUGUCCCCAUGGACAUGACGAUACCUGAAGCUUUGCCCCCUCCUCCCCCAGAGAAGAGACAUAGCUACAGUCACAGAGUGGAGAGAGAUGGCCUUCUUCAUGCAGUAGCCCCUACACUGAAGCGGCAUAGUCAUCCUCCUCCAUUGGCCCUAAGUUCAGGGCUCCAUAGAUCUUCUAAAGGCUCAUUUCCCCUAGUUCCUGACUCCACUGUGGCAAGGCAGCACCGCCCUCUGCCAUCUACCCCAGAAAGCCCCCCCCAUACACAGACCUCCAUCCCCUCCAGACUGAGAUACAACAAACCGUUACCCCCAACUCCUGAUAUGCCUGAGUUCUGCCGUUCCUCCGCCCCUUCCUCUAAUAUCUCAAGGAUGUACAGGCCUCUACCCCCAGUCCCCAUCAUAGAUCCUUCUCAACCACCUCCACUACCCCCUAAAUCCAGGGGGAGAAGCAGGAGUGUCCAGGGAGGAGUUAUACAUUCAGGAGGUCAAGCCAAACCAAGACCUACUAGUCAAGAUUGGACAGUUUCUCUCUCUGUUGGACGGACCUCCUGGCCCCCAGCCACAGGCAAAUCAACGGAAUCUCUGCCUGCCACCAAUAGGUGUAAUAGUGAAGUAUCCCCUGGCCUGGCUUUCAGCAACAUGACAAACCUUCUCAGUCCCUCUUCUCCUACUACUCCUUGGAGUCCAGAGCUUCAGAGACCUUCCAGUAAGGAUGAGUCAGGGCUCCCUGAAGGGUCUGAGCCUCCAGUGAGAGGAUCAUUUAGAAGAUCAGCCCCUCAGGAGGAAUUUGAUAAUACAAGGAGGUCAGCUUUAGGCUUAAGAAAGAAGUCAGAAAAACCCAUCCACUCCCAACUGGAGAAGGCAUCCAGCUGGCCCCACAGACGGGACUCAGCAAGAACAUCAGAGAGUAGCAGUGAUCAGAUUGUUCUGGGCCAGGUAUCCAAUAAGCAAAAGGGCUGGAACCGGCAAGGCCUGCGUAGACCUUCAAUUUUGCCUGAGAGCUCUUCAGAUUUACGAACUCCAGCUGUGGGAAGACUUCCUGGCUCUUCAGAGUCUGUUGUUUUUCGGGAGAAGAAACCGAAGGAGGGAAUGGGAGGUUUUUCAAGACGUUGCUCCAAGCUCUACAACUCCUCCCAGCUACUUUAUCAGGAGUACAGUGAUGUUGUUCUGAACAAGGAGAUUCAGAGCCAGCAGCGGCCGGACAGCCUGGCCGAGCCACCUGGGAUCUCUUCCCCACGGCAUCGUCGAAAGGCACUGGUCUCUUCAGACUCCUACCUACAGCGCCUCUCCAUGGCCUCCAGUGGCUCCCUCUGGCAGGAAAUCCCUGUGGUGCGCAAUAGCACAGUGCUGCUCUCCAUGACCCACGAAGAUCAAAAACUUCAAGAGGCCAAGUUUGAGCUGAUCGUGUCAGAGGCAUCUUACCUGCGCAGUCUAAACAUAGCCGUGGAUCAUUUCCAACAUUCAGCCCAGCUGCGGGCCACCCUGUCCAACCAGGAUCAUCAAUGGCUCUUCUCUCGUUUGCAGGAUGUACGAGAUGUCAGCACCACGUUCCUUUCAGACCUAGAAGAAAACUUUGAGAACAACAUCUUCUCCUUCCAAGUGUGUGAUGUUGUCUUGAAUCAUGCCACAGACUUCCACCGAGUCUACCUGCCUUAUGUCACCAACCAGACCUAUCAGGAACGCACCUUCCAAAGUCUAAUGAAUAGCAACAACAGUUUCCGAGAGGUCUUGGAGAAGCUGGAGAGUGACCCCAUCUGCCAACGCCUGUCUCUCAAGUCCUUUCUGAUACUGCCCUUCCAACGCAUCACACGUCUCAAGUUGCUGCUCCAGAACAUUCUGAAGAGAACCCAGCCUGGCUCCUCAGAAGAGGCAGAGGCCACAAAGGCACACCAUGCCCUAGAGAAGCUGAUCCGAGACUGCAACAGCAAUGUGCAGAGGAUGCGGCGGACAGAGGAGCUCAUCUACCUGAGCCAGAAGAUUGAGUUUGAGUGCAAAAUUUUCCCACUUAUUUCACAAUCUCGAUGGCUGGUGAAGAGUGGGGAGCUGACGGCCCUUGAGUUCAGUGUCUCCCCAGGGCUGAAAAGGAAACUGACCACUCGUCCAGUCCACCUACAUCUCUUCAAUGACUGCCUGUUGCUGUCUCGGCCCCGAGAGGGUAGUCGGUUCCUGGUAUUUGACCAUGCUCCGUUCUCGUCCAUCCGAGGGGAGAAGUGUGAAAUGAAGCUGGAUGGACCUCACAAAAACCUCUUCCGUCUCUUUCUCCUGCAUAACGCACAAGGCACCCAAGCUGAAUUCCUCUUCCGCACUGAGACUCAAAGUGAAAAGCUUCGGUGGAUCUCAGCCUUAGCCAUGCCCAGAGAGGAAUUGGACCUACUUGAGUGUUACGACUGGCCACAGGUUCAGUGCCACCGCGCCUACAAGCCCCGAGAGAAUGAUGAGUUGGCACUAGAGAAGGCGGAUGUGGUGAUGGUGUCUCAGCAAAGCAGUGAUGGCUGGAUGGAGGGUGUGAGACUCUCAGAUGGGGAGCAAGGCUGGUUUCCUGUCCAACAGGUAGUGUUCAUUUCAAACGCAGACGUCCGUGCUCAGAACCUCAAGGAAGCCCAUCGAGUCAAGACUGCCAAACUACAGCUGGUAGAACAGCAAGUCUAAGUGUUCUUAGUGAGGAGUCUUCUGAGAUCAUGAACAAGCAUUCCUGGAGAUGGCUAGUCCUAGAAACCUGCUGCAGAAGCCUUCUAGGGACUGGGAACUUGGUCUUCUGAAAGCCCAACGAUGAGCUUAGUCCCUUACACCAGUACUUCUUUGCAUUUUGUGCUUGGUAGGGAAUAUUGAGUGACUGCACACUGGAUUCUGGGAUCCUUUCUUCAUAGGAAAAGGGACUGUGGGGCCUGAGCCUAGGUGCUGUACUUCUGCGACCAGAUGGUACUUGUACAUCAUCCGCUACUAUAGUGCAGAUUCAGAGCUGACUGGAUGUAAGGUUGUGGACAUAUGUUACCGUAUAGACAUCAGCCCACUCACUGGAGGGAGGUGUUUAAUUGGGAUUGGCACAUCAGGUGGGAAGGUAAACCUGGUGACCUCUAGAAUAUCUUCCAAUCUGAGAUUGUCCUCAAUGCAUGUGCCCCUGCAAUCCUUGUUUCUUGGUGGCAAUGUGAGGGUGGCAUUCUCUCACUCUAAUAAAUUUGGCACUUCUCUGAGUGUUUUCUUCUCA